AGACAAUGACGUACGCAGACGCUACAUGAAUAUUCAAAGAGUUCCGUUGCUGGUACAGUGCAAAUAAAGGGAGAUAACGGGCCGUGGACACCGGUCUAAAACUUUUUAUUCUGACAUAUCAGAGCAAUGACUUUAGUGUAAUUAUAAACCUGGGACACGGAUCCCAGCGAAGGAAUAGGGUCUGUGCUGGAAGAAGAGAGAGAAGCGCUGAUUUUUUUGGGUGUGGAAAACCGGACGGCGCAUUCACAGUCGAUUCUAGAAAAGUUUGCCAUUUCCAAAAGUAACAGUGGAAGAGUGAAAGUUACAGUAACAACAUGAGCUUGUUGUCUGCUAUAGACACCAGUACCUCAGUGUACCAGCCUGCACAGCUUCUCAACUGGGUUUACCUGUCUUUACAAGACACGCAUCAGACGAGUGCCUUCGAUGCCUUCCGACCCGAGCCCAACUCUUCCCAUCCGGACCUGAACUACAGCAAAACUCCUGCCACUGACCUGAGCUCCUCUCUCAACUCCAACUAUCUCAACAACUUCUUUCAGCUACAGAGGAAUGAGGCCCUGAAUAAUGGUUUAUACAAAAGUGUGUCACCAUACGGCUCUCUUAACAACAUAGUGGACGGGCUGAACUCUCUAACGGACCACUUCUCCGACCUCUCCCUGUCCUCUGAGCCACGCAAGCCCAGCAAGAGACCUCCACCAAACUACCUGUGCCAUCUCUGCUUCAACAAGGGACACUAUAUCAAAGACUGCCCGCAGGCAAGACCCAAAGGAGAAGGACUGACUCCGUACCAAGGCAAGAAGAGGUGUUUUGGAGAAUACAAGUGCCCUAAGUGCAAGAGGAAGUGGAUGAGUGGGAAUUCCUGGGCCAACAUGGGACAGGAAUGCAUCAAAUGCCAUAUCAAUGUUUAUCCUCAUAAACAGCGUCCUUUAGAGAAACCCGACGGCCUGGACGUUUCCGACCAGAGCAAGGAACACCCGCAGCAUCUGUGCGAGAAGUGCAAAGUCCUGGGCUACUACUGCCGCCGUGUGCAAUAAAGGAGGAUCCCGAGGUCGUCCCCGCCCUUUCCCAUCGCUUCGCCUACCAAUCGCUCCAAGAAAAAGUGAAAAGUGCCAAAAUAUUCAUGUAAAUAUCUCUAACGCUAGUAAUGGCUUUGUGUAUCAGAAGCAUGCAACGCAUUUAUUGUGUAUAAUGGACAAUUGAAUAUGUUUGGGACAGUAUUUCUAUCCGUAUGGGACGCAGUGGAUUACCUCACCAUUGCAUCCCCUGAUUGUGUGUUUACAGACUCUCCCUUCAUUCUCCCUGCCAAGUGAACUAUGAGGAUGUGCUGAGCACUAAAGGUGUCACGUUAGUUUGCUCAUAUAAGGGCCCAGUGUGCCUUUGCAGAGUUUUUGGGUCAAUAGCACAUCAUAUUAACUGUGAAUUAACAGAGGGACAAUGGACUUUCCAUCCCUAGCUUUUGUGUCAUAUAUUUAUUUAUGUUUGUGUAUCAUUUCGUAGUGCAAUUGAAUUAACUAAACUGGGAUAAUUUCAUCAGUGUUUAUAUCUGGACAGGUAUUGCCUAACCCCACCUCUUGCCAUUAGAAACUACUGUAGAAUAGGACUUUCUAAAGCUUCGGAUUAGUGCGUCAGGUAGUUUAUAUUUUUCACGAACGUGUAUGAAUUGCCAAAUGCGAGAUGUUUUUGUCAAGUUGGUUAAAUACAGCCCUGGGAGCAUUUGAAUGGAGUUGUUGGCAACUAUGCAAAACCAUUGCAGCUUAUGCGGAGUCAUCAGCUCCUUACAUUUGGUGCGCAGUCGAAUGAAGUGUGUGGAUGAUCGAAACAAAGCCAUGGCUAGCUGACUUACACUUUUGAAAUGUGAUUACGUAUGUUGUCAAUUGUUGCCAGAGAACUGCUUCGAACGUCUUAGAAACCCAUGUAAAGCUGAAGUGUUUUGGUACAGGGGUCAAAAUGUGAGCUUUUCAGUCCAUGUGCUAACAUAUAAAAACAUAACUCCUGCUCUGCGCUGAGAUAUUUGCCUCAGGAGAAAGAGUGUGUUUGAAUGACACAUCUCAGAUGAAAUGUGCAUCUGUCUUAUAUAAACACCGCUCAAAAAAAUGUCAUUUUUUCAUUUCAAUAUUAUGCAACACAUUUAUUUUUCAAUUCAAAAUGACUCAUUCACAUCCUCCACUCUUGAAAUUAAAAAAGGUUACAAAACGUUUCCCCCCAAAGCAAUGCCAUAGAAGAAGAAUAGUUUUUAAAUCAUCCAUUUUUUAUAACCUAAAGAACCAUAAAGAAACUUUUGUGCAAUGCAAAAUUUCUAGGGAUGUUUAAUGGAACCAUGGAUGCAUAAAGAACCUUUAUUUUUUAAGAAUGUUGAAUUUGACCCUUGCACUAAAAUAUGUUUCAUUAAAGAAAUUUUCUGCUGUUUACACAAUCAUUCUGAUCAUAUCUCAGAAUGAAAUCCUUAAUUUUUAGCGUUUUUAUUGCCUUACCCCACAUGUGCAUGGUUAUGCACUGGCUACAAACAUACCUGAUGAAUUACACCCAGUUUAAACUGUGAUUUUUGGGAAGCAUUUUCUAUUUGAGUGGACAAAUAUAUGGUUGUAAAGGGAAAAGAAGGACAAAGGAAGUGAUGCUGAAGAGUUUUUUUUUUUUUUGGAGAUGUAACGAGAAAACACUUUGGGUACAUUUAAUUGGAAGACAUUUGGAGACAAACGUUUGAUUGAGAAUAUUUUGAAGGGAGGUUGUUAAUAUUUGGAUGGAAGUAAGUGUGUACAGGACAUCAUCUAUGUGCCUUUACCUCUUUUUAUGGCUCACACAAAGUACUAAUUGAUCAUAUUUGAGUGUGGCCCAGGAUUAUUAAACAAUAAAUGUAGCUUCACGUGUUCCAGUGAGAAGCCGUAGAUGGAUAUUGUGAGAAUUGUGUUAUCAUUGCGUUGUUAAUCCUAGAUGUACAUAUGAAGUUAAACGCAUUUACAUGGUAAAUACAGUGUGCAUAAUUGUUUACUUAUCAUUGGAGUACACAUAUUUUCUGUUGAAUAUUAGUCAAUGUUUCAUUUAUUGGAAUAAACUCAGAUGAAGAUAGGAAUCUUGUCUGAAGGGAACGUCUAGUGCCUUAACACAGUUUGGUUAUGAAAAGUCAGGAGUUUUGCCAAGGAAUGUCAUGUAUGAUGCUGAGGAAUUAAAGGAGCCGAUUAGAUGUAAACCAGCCAAUUUUACUUUAGCUGAAAAAAUGUGUUCGAGUUUCUGACGGGAAAUUCAAGGAGAAUAAACUGCCAGGGAGUCAAUCAUUAGAUCACUGUUAAAUAAAAAACAAGACUGUUUCUGCGAGUCGCUGCUUUGUUCUCUGGACGUCAUCAUUGUUUCUGAGACCCUUUAUUUCUUGGUAACGGUGUUUUUCUGCUGUUGCUAAUGGCUUCGCUGUGCGCACAUUCUUACACGCCAAGGUUUACUCCAGGCCUCAUUUAGGCUGGAAUGAGUUCCUCUGCUUUUUGAUAAACACCGUAAUGAAUGGCAUAAUGAAAAUAACCAAUGAAAUAAAUGAUUACCGUGGAUUCAUCAUAAAUGCUGAUCACCAAUGGCUGGUACUCUACACAUAAUGAUUUCCUUGCAUCUUUGGGAUCAAUUCAGUUUAGUGUCAGGUCUGUACACUUUAACAGACGACCCAAUGCACCACUAGAUUGAGGCGUUGUUAUUAAAUUUGCUUUAUUAUUGCAAAAUAGUUGCAUUGCACUAUAUACGUGACUAAAAUGAUAACAGCCCUUGUUGAAGGCAUAUUUACGUAAAUGAGCUUCCCCUGAUUUCUACUUUAUUGAAUGAAAGACAGAGCUUGUGGUAUUGACAGUGUACAUGCAUUUAAAACUAUACAAAGUGCUUUUUGCGCAUGUGUUUUUGUCUUGAAAUACAUAUACUUGACUUUUAUAGCUCUCUUUCAGUAUAAACUUGUUAUUUUCUAUUAAAGGUAUGUGUAUUUUGGAAACAAUAUAGAUAAUGAAGAUUUUGGAACAAUUUGAUAUCCAGACAAGAUUUUGUUGUUUUCCCUUACAAAGAUACUAGUGUGUGUUUUCUGUAUAUAUUCGAUUACCAUCAUUAUCAAGUUAGCGAUUUCAAAAUGUUAUGAUGCAAUAUUAAAACGUAUGUGAAAAAAGGGCAAAAUGCUGCGAUGCAAGAGUUUUUUUCUUUUCUUUUUUUUCUUUUCUUUUUCUGUUUUACAAUAAUCUUUGGUUAUAUCCUACAGAAAUAUUUAUGGAAGGAUUUUGUUCUUUUUUUUUAACAAUUCAAUUCUUUUUCUUUGUAUAAAAUAUGCAACAGAAGCUACUCUAUGAAGAAAAUAUUGAUGACUACAUAGAAUAUUAUUCAAAAGUUGGUACAUAAUUAGUAUGCCAUUUUAAAAGCCAUUUUAUUUGUGUUUUGUUAUUCAAGAUGUUAUCGGUAUAUAGUAAACUAACCUGUUACGAGCAUACGUGUGCUUCAACGUUGUUUAGAAUCUUUUCGUGUCUUGCAAUACAGCAUGAAUGUUUUGAUUUGCAUUUAUAGGAAACUUAUAACACUCGUUCCAUCACAAACAGCUGUUUUUCACAUAACAUAGACUGACUCGCACACUGUAAGUCGUAGGGCCUUUUUACUGAGGUGUUUGAUAGAUGCAAAACAGUGGCAAAAAAAAAAAAAGUGACUAACUUCAGUCAUUGACCAUUACACUGAAUUGCACGUACAAACCUUUUACAUGGUCGAAAUGUGUUUGUGAAUCAGGCCCAUACUGUAUGAAACUGUGAGCUCUAGUUAGCCGUCUCCAGUUACUGCCAAGUCCAGGAAUGAUUUCGAAAUAUUUUUCUUCGUAUGUAAAAAAAGAGAGAGAGAAAAGAGACUAUUUUUCAAACAAGUGUGUGGGACUGAAGUUUGCAUGUGCAUGUUUUUUAAAUAAUUCGAGAUUUAUCAUUUGUGCAAUGUAUUCUUAUUUAAUAUUAAUACGUUUAAUUCUAGCCGAGAUAUCUUUUGUAGAAUACACCUCUCUAAUUGUUAGUCAUUAAUAAAUGCCUAUUCACUCCUGGGUUUCCAGUACCAUUAAUAGAUUUUCUGAAUGUACUGAGUUAAGUAUGUUUAUGUUUGUAAUGUCUGUAAAAUAUUUGUCAUCAUAUUGGAGUGGACCGAGCAACAGAAUGUGGGACGAGAUGAAAUCUGUUGCUCUGCGUCCAUGAAACGGCAUUCCGAUAUGUGCCUUAUUUGUUAGUUAGGAAAACUGAAGACUGUGCUUUUAGAAGUUUGUCCGAUUAAAACAUUGCCUAUGUGAA